AUAAGUAAGGCAGCAUAAGCAUAAGGCAGAUGUUUUCUCUGCCGUUAGCUUCAUUUCCUGGGCGGAGAUCUUCUCGCUCUAUUAGACUAACAGGAACAAGAGAAAAAGUAGAGGGGAGAGAGAGUGAGAGAGAGAGAGGGUUUACAAGUUAUCUGAGCUGGGAGCUCCCACAAAUCACUUUUUGAACAGCAAGCUCUGACAGGCAGAGGGUGAAAACAGAGCAGGGACAAAGACAAGGUGUGAGUAUAGGAAGCUGUGUCAGAGGAGACUCUAAAGGAGAAGGUGUGAAGGAGCUGUAGAGGGCAUAAACGAGGUGACACCAGUGGAUGGAUAGAGGAAAGACUGCGAUCAAGUUCCUAACAGGGUUUUUCCUCCUCUGCUGCAGAGGUUUACUGCUGCUGUGACUGGAUGGUGCUCUCUUGUGAAGAGAAGGUGUGUCUGAUACCUAAAUACUUACCUUAAGACUGUCAUUCUACACAUCUGAUAGCAGGCCUGUUUGCAUUUUAUUUCUGACGUAGUGGACUUGCAGAUGAUUGCCCUGCGUUAUCAUGAGAGGAACACAGCAGAUAGAGCGGCAGCUGCUCUGUCAUUGACUUGGAGGCGUUGAAAGCUGGUUUGAUGCAGCUGCGUACAGAUCACAUGCUAAUAUUUGUGAAAAGAGGUAGUCUGAGCUGAGCGCCAUCCUUGUUUGUCACAUGUUUUUCUUCUAGGGUAUGAAGAAGUCUGGGAGUGUUUCAAAGUUCUACUUUAGGCUCAGUGUGCAUUUCUAUUUUAAAAAUCAUUUUUGAGGAAGCAUAUUUGACAUUCGAUCCAUCUAAAAUAGUAAGAACUGGACUGUGUGGAAAGUCUGUUUCAGAUAAAACUAAAGGCAGUGACAGGUUAAUAGCCUUCAGGCAUAGAAAGUGAGUAAGUCAGUGUCUGCCAGUGCUCGUCAUAAUUUUUUCUUAUUGGGCUGCAGCUCUUUUCACAUUUGCUCCUUUUGCCUCUGGGGACAUGUAAUAAGAAACUGCUUAGUUAGCAAUACAGCACAGAGCUGACAUGUGGAGAGGUAUAAACUUGCUCUAAGACAGGAUUACGUUAAAUAUUGCAGGUGGAAGACUUGAAAUUACAAUUUGAUCUUUGAGCACAGAGGCAAGACUGACGAUCUGAGAGCUGUCAGAUUAUUUCUGCCUGUUGGGUGUUGGAGAAGUCAUGCGAGUGUUUGGAGAGCUUCUUAUGCUUGGAUGAGCUUUAUUUAGCUUUUGACAGCUCUGCUCUGGACUCACUUCAUAGUGUAGACCUUCAUUGGGUUACCUCUGUGGCCUAGUCAGAGGCUGGCUCAACCCUCGCCGUCUGCCUGCCCACUCUGAUUCUCUCUAUCUGCUUCUAUGCAAACAAGACGAGUGUUAGGUGGUUUUCACAGCAGUAGGGACAGCUGUGGCACUCUCUGGACUCUCCACACUGCUAUAAUUGUUCUGUUGUGUGUAAACACCUUGCGUCAGUCACACCUCUCCUCAGAGUGAUUCACUACUCCCAAAGCAUCCUCGACUGGAGGCAGGCAGCGAAACAAAAAGGUGAGGCAGGAUUUCCUAAUAAUCAAAGUGGAGAAGUGGUUGAGUUGUGACGCUGCUACAAUGAAGCUGGGAUUGUUGCUGCUGAUGGCUGCGCACAUGCUAGAGAACGUGCGCAGUAUGUCCACAUGUAAGACUUUAGACUUAGAGAUAGUUAAGCAAAAGCGCAUAGACGCUAUUAGGACCCAGAUCCUCUGCAAACUGCGUUUGCCUAAAGCUCCUGAGCCAGAAGAAGCUGGAGAGAAGGAGGAUAUCCCAGCCACUUUGCUGUCCCUCUACAACAGCACCAAGGACUUGCUUAUAGAGCAACAGAAGGAAGUCAUGGAUUCCAUCUCCCAAGAACAGGAAGAGGAGGAAUACUUCGCCAAAGUGCUGAACAAGUUCAACAUGACCAACAACAACAUCACAGAGAGGACCAAAACAAUAGCCUUCAACGUUGCUGAAAUACAAAACAGCGUGGGUGAUUCCCAGCUGCUGACAAGAGCGGAGCUACGGAUGCUCAUCAAGACCACCUCAAUAGAUAAGGAAAAGCGCGUGGAGCUGUACUACAGUUCAGGGACCUCAUUUCGCUACCACGCCUCUCGCUUCGUGACCAAUUCACUGAAAGACAAGUGGCUUUCCUUUGAUGUCACUGAACCCCUGCAGGGGUGGCUAAAAAACAAAGAGAAUGAGCAGAAGUUUGAGCUACGCGUUUUCUGUGAAUGUGAGCAGCAGCUACCCAGUACGUUCGGCUUCACCAUCUCGGGGAUCGAUAAGACACGAGGAGACACAGCAACGGUGGAAUUGCUGACAGAGCAACCGCCCUACAUCCUGACCAUGUCCAUCCCUAAGAAUAUGUCCACCCCGCAUAAAUCACGCAAAAAACGCUCCACCAGCGAACCAGAAACCUGCUCAGCCCAAACGGAGCACUGCUGCGUACGGAGCUUGUACAUCGACUUCAGGAAGGAUCUGGGCUGGAAGUGGAUACACAAGCCCACAGGCUACAUGGCUAACUACUGCUUGGGGUCAUGCUCAUACAUUCGGGGCACUGAAAAUAAAUAUUCUCAGAUUUUGGCUCUGUAUAAACAUCACAAUCCGGGAGCAUCCGCCCAGCCGUGCUGCGUUCCCCAGACACUGGAGCCGCUGCCAAUUCUCUACUACGUGGGAAGGCAACACAGGGUGGACCAGCUGUCUAACAUGAUCGUUAAGUCCUGCAAGUGUAGCUAAAAAUACAUCGUGGCACACAACUCUGGGUCUUGUGGAAACCAGCAACAAUGGAGGAAGUAGUUUUUUUUGUUUGUUUGUUUUAUACCACAAAAAGGAUAAUCUGAUUCUUUGAAGUGGAUCUCCAGCUUUUUUUCUCCAAGAUUUUCUUCAACCGCAGCGGAUUCUCAAAAAACUGGACCUCUUUAUAUUAAAAUGAUCAAUAUUUUUAUGUAUUAUUAUUUCUAUUGAGGAAUAAACAAAAAGAUCUGCCCUGGCAAAAUUUUAAUUUAUUUGUUAAAAGAACAGAUGUAUUAUAAAACUGUCUCAGCUGGAGAUAGAGAAAGGAUAAAAAUGACUUCUUAGUCAAAGUUUGAACAAAAGCACACAAGGACCAAAAUAACCUUGAUGGAAGAAAUUCUGUUUUCACAGAUGGGAUAUUUCCAUUUGUCACAGCAGCUCCCAAAAGAGGUAACGGCAAAAAAAGUGCCAAAUCCCAGGUGGAAAACAGUGGUUGUUUGGGAAUUUCCUGGAAUAUAAUACUGCUGCCAGGGCUUCCGGCCUACAUCAUAAAAGACAGAAGAAAAAACCAAAGGGAUAGUCCAUCCUGAGAAAACUCCCCCCAGCCUGAAAGCCUGGACCCGUCUGACAACAUUUCACAGAGGCUGUCGACCUGUCAUGUCAUUUUUUGUUUUUGAAUACACACUCUUCCCACCAACUUUCUGUCUCGUCACAUUGUUUAUGGUAAUAGCUGAAAGUCUUAUCAGCUUCCUGGUCUGUUAAGGUGAGGGGUGUAAAUCAGUGGAUGUAAUGACACCAUGUGGCUGAACCCUUUACAGCUUUAGAUGCAGAGGCUCAGGUUAGAGAAGCAGUGCCUGCUUUUUUUUUUGGUCCAUUAAGAUAAAUUAUUGCCUUUUUUCGUAGCUUUAAAAAGGAAGUUUUAAUUUUUAUCUGAAAUAUGUUUGUAGAGUUUUUAAAGAGUUUAUUUCACCUUUGGUUUUAGCAAAAAAAAAAAUGCUUUCAUUGUUCUAACAAUGAAAAUAUGAUGAUAUUGUCUUUUAACAUAUGAAAAUAUGCUUGCAAAUGAAAAUAAGAAAAAAAAUAAAGUUUUUAAAUUAUGACAUCAGGGUAAAGGAUUUUGUGUGCAAAUAAAACCCUCGUCGUUUUCCAACAAAGUACUUUGUGAACACUUAAAGAUUUAUUCACACGCUUAUUACACUUGUAUAAAAAUGCUUUAAGUUAGCUAUAAUUCUAGUACUCAGAUCUUCAACUGUUUGUGAUUAUUGCUGUUAAAGCCUUGUUUGACACUAUUUACAAAGUCUCCAGGUUUUCUUUGUGUUUACAUUUGUAAUGGUAGGACAGAGCAUGCUCUUUUUGGUAUUUCUUCUCCUGAAGCUUUGGACAUUUGUUUCCUCCCCCUUUCAAUGUGAUAAACGGCAUGUUGUUCUUGUUCUCGUUCAGUCUAGUGCCCAGUAAAGAGGUCAGAAAUGCAGAAAGUCAUAGGUUACUAAAUAAAGUGUUCCAAGAAAUGAUCAAGUUAAAGUAGAGAGGCAGUGACCCUGGAAAUUAAUCCAAAUCCCGGUGGUUCUAGAUGAAAAAAAAAAAAAAUGUUAUACCCAAACAAGCCAAAACGCUGCUCAGCAAUUAUAA